UUGCGCUCGCUUCUGGCCCGCCCGGGCAUCUCUUGCAUGCCGGCAGUGCAUGUGCUGAAGCAGUAAAAGCAGCCGAGUGAGGACCAUAAUGACAUGAUGUGCAAACUUGCGCUUCUUCCUUGGGCCUGCUUGGGCAAGAGCUUAGCUUUUGCCUUCAUCGUCAAACGCGUUGCUGAAAGCUAGAUAUAGCGACGCGCCGCUCCAAUCUUCUUUCCAUACAACAAUAACAUGCAUGUCCUAGCCUGUAUCACAGCGCUCGCGUACGCUGUCGAGGCUGCUGGCAAAAGAGGUCUUGUCGGUGUGACGACCGCGACCUCUGCAAUAGACAAUGCAGUCUUCAUCAAGUCAAAUCAGCUCAGCUGGGUCUACACAUACGGCGUAUCACCCCCAUCAGGCGCGCAGCUAGGCUCAUUGCCUUUUGUACCGCAGCAGUGGGGUGGAUAUGGUGUCAGUUCAUUCACCAGUGCAGUUUCAGCUCAAAAUCUGAAGGAGAAGUACGUACUCUCUUUCAAUGAGCCAGAUGGUGUAGGCCAUGGCCAAGCAAAUAUGCAACCACAAGCUGCUGCACAGGCCUGGAAGACUGCGAUACAGCCACUGAAAGCUCAAGGGUUCAAGCUUGGCUCUCCUGGUGUGACUGGUGCACCUUCCGGCAUGGUGUGGAUGAAGGAGUUUAUGGGCAACUGCACCGGCUGUAGCAUCGACUUUUUGGCCUUGCAUUGGUAUGGCAACUACGACGGCCUCGUUUCCCACCUCAACAACUACCGCACCAACUUUCCUAACCUCAAUAUUUGGAUCACCGAGCUGGCUCUACCAGACAAUGACGCUUCUACGACACUCAAGAUGAUGCAAGAUACUUUGACUUACCUGGACAACGCCACAUUUGUCGAUCGUUAUACUUGGUUUGGCAGCUUCAGAUCAUCACAGUCAAAUGUUGGUCCCAAUGCAGCUUUCCUUGAUGCAAAUGGCAAGUUGACACAACUCGGAAGCACCUAUCUGGGGCUCUCGUCACAGGCCGUUUCUGCUUCUUCCACCUCGAGCACAUCGAGUGCCAGCCAAGUUGCCAAUUCAUUCAAGCUAUUGCUUGUUCUGGCUGCAUGCGCCACGACCUUCCUUUGAGGUAUUGUUAUCAGAGCGAGCGUUUCAUUAGCCUUGUAUUGUUCAGAUUGUAUAUACACAAUAUUAAAUGCAAAUUAUCUACAC